AUGUUUUGUUACUAAUGUCAUUGGUAAUAACAUAGAGAACAUACACCUUACAAUAUUGAGGAGGUUCACUCAAUAGCAAAAAUGAACUGUAAUAAACAAAUUCGGUUCAUUGAAUUGAUUAUAUAGAAAAAUACUCAGGAAUAGAAUAAACUUUAAGAUUUUCUAGAGAGUCAAAAGGUAAUAUAUUUGAAAUGGAACGAUUAAUAGAAAAAAUCAAUAAAUGGAUUAAUAGAGAAGGAAAAUUAGAAACUAAAUAUAAAAAUCAAAGAGUUACAAUCAGUAUUGAAUCUAUAAAAUCUUGAUUUAAUAUUAAAUAAUUGUUUAAAUAAAGCAGAAUAAUAUGAAGUUCAAUAUUAGAAUGAAAGCUAGCAAUAAGAGAUCGAAAGACAACUUCAAAUUAAAGACAUCGAAGCAAGGAUCAACUUUAUAAAGGACUUAAAAUUUUCUAUAUCUGACUUAUCUGAUAUCUUUUUCAAUCUACCUUAAACUACUAUUCCAAAAGCAAACGAAAAAGCUGCAAAUUAGUAUAAAAUAUGUGUUGCUCACUCUAAACCAUAGAAAUAUCUUUGUACACACAAGGAUUGUCUCACUCAAAAUUCGACUUUCCCUUUUUAUUGUGAAACAUGCCUUAAAGAUGCUCAUAAAGAACAUGAUUUCAAGAGCUUUGCGAAGAAGUAUAAGGCUAUCAAGUAAGAUUAAGAUGAGAAGACUUUAUUAAUAACUUAGGAAUAGGAAAAGAUCAAACAAUUUAUGCAAAAGGAAUUUAAUAAAAAUUAUGAGUUGAUUUAGUAGCAAUUAAAGGAGAAAAUGAAUAAAUAUGAGAAGAUUAAAAACAACAUGUCAAAAAUAAAGGAACAAUCAAUAGAUUAUUUAAAUAAGCUAAAUAAUUUUAUAUUCAUCGAAAAUAAUAUUAAUGUUAGUUUGCUUAGCAAAACUAUAGAAGGAAUCAAGUAGGAAUACUAAUUCUAAUAUAAAAGCUUUUCUUAAAAAAUGUCAAUUGACCUUUAAAAGGAGUCUAGAGAAAUACUUACUUUCUCUGCAUAAAUUGAUUAGAAAAUUGAAUAAGAGUACAAUAAUUUAAAACUAGAACUUAAUUCUAAUAACGAAUAAAUUAAUAAGUUGUAAAGUUAACUUAAUCAAAACUAACAAGUUAUUUCCAAAUAUUCUAAUAUGCACAAUUAAUUAUAUUUACUAUAAGACAACUAGAAAACUAUAUAGUAAAAGAUUAAUGAAUUAACCCGAAAUAUAAAGGAAAAGUUGAAUAUUUCUUUUUUUAUAGGUUAUGAAAGAGAGUAUUUUAAAUCAUUUGAUAAUGAUUUUAAAUUAAUUUAAGAUUAGAUUAGUAAAACUGAUAUUAUAAUUGAAAAUAUCAUAUCAGCAGGUGAAUAAGUUUUCCCUACAGAAAAAGUGAUUAUUUUCCUUAAAUAUUAUUGUUGA